AUGGCAACCCAGAAACUCGCCGACUGGUCCACAAACCUCACGUUCGCCUCUCUACCCAGAGAAGUCAUCGAUGCCGCCACCCAAAGCUUCUACAACUGGGCCGGGUGCACCGUAGGCGGAAGCACCCACCCCGCAACAACGAUAGCACGCACCGCGCUGGCACGGUUUACAGGCGCACCAACAUCCAGACUCCUUGGUUCUGGGGGUGUGGAUUUGGAUGCGAUGCAUGCUGCUCUGUUGAAUGGUAUUGCGUCGCAUGUCCAUGAUUAUGACGAUACGCACCUGGAUACGAUCAUUCACCCCACCGGCCCAGUCGCUUCGGCUUUGCUGGCUAUGGCCGAGUCGCUGGAUCGGUCGGUUUCGGGGCAGGAAUUCAUUCUUGCUUUGAUUGUAGGUGUUGAGGCGGAAUGUAAGGUUGGUUUGGCUGUUUGGCCUAAUCAUUAUGAUGUUGGAUGGCACAUUACCAGUUCAACUGGCUCAAUCGGCGCCGCAGUGGCCGUAUCAAAGCUGCUGAAUCUCUCAGCACCACAGACAACACACGCCAUCGGUCUCGCAGCAACACAAGUAACAGGAUUGCGAGAGAUGUUCGGCUCGCACACCAAAUCCUUCCAUCCCGGCCGCGCCGCGCAGAAUGGCUUGUUAGCUGCGAUUCUCGCAUCAGAAGGAUAUACCAGCUCGACACAGGCGCUUGAAGCUAAGCGUGGAUGGGCGAACGUGGUUAGUUCCGAGCAACAUCUCGAUGAGCAGAUGGCUACGCUCCCGCCUCAUGGACGGUGGGAAAUUGCGCGGAACUCUUUCAAGCCCUUCCCCUGUGGCAUUGUGGUGCAUCCUGUGAUUGAUGGGAGUAUAUUCCUUCAUGGCCAACUGCGGCCGAAUGGGAUUCAGAUUGAGGAGAUUAGGGAGGUAGAGGUUAUUGUUCAUCCGUUGGUUUUGGAAUUAACGGGGAAGACUGCGCCGAAGGAUGGGUUGGAGGCGAAGUUUAGUGUUUAUCAUGGGGCUGCCGUGGGGCUUUUGUUUGGGAAGGCUACGCCGGCGCAGUAUGAGGAUGCGGUUGUUACUGAUGAGCGGGUUGUAUGGUUGAGGGAUCGGAUUAGAGCGACGGUGGAUGAGACUUUGCGACCAGAUGAGGCAGUGGUUAUUAUUCGGGUGCCGAAUGGUGGAGAGGGGGACGAUGAUUCUGUUACUGAGAUUCAUGUUGACCAUGCUGUGGGAAGUCGGGAACGGCCCAUGUCUGUUGCUCAGUUGACGGACAAAUUUGUGGACCAGUGUAUUUCAGUAUUGGGCCGGGAGCGGACUGAGCGAGCAAGCAAGUGGUGCUGGGAAUUGGAGAAGCAGGUUGAUGUGCGCCAGAUUAAGACUGUACUCUAG